AUGUUUGGAAAUUUCGGCGCUAUUAUUUUUGCUUUUAACGCUCUUCUUCCUGUUUUUGGUAUGAUUGUGCCGGAUCAUGACUUCAAUGGCUGGCUUGCUGAUACAAUCGGUCGAAAAUCAGCUCUUUUUUGGAACAAUGUUGUUUUCUUCUCAGCGAUCGCUGUGAACUUGGUGUUCAUCAAUUUUUACGUCUACGCUGUUUGCCGCUUUUUCAUCUGCAGCUCUGCUUGUGCCCUCAUGAUGAUAGCUACAUUGUAUGGCACCGAGACCGCGGUUCAUUUCAAAUCCGCUGCGUUUUUGAUCUGGUCUUGCUACAGCUACUUUGGAAUUUUAUUCGCUUCGUUGCUGUUUUACUUCUUUCUAGAUUGGAAAGAACAAAUGCUGAUCAAAUUGUUCUUAUCGCUUCUUUUCUUCUUCAUGACAUUCUAUUUUCCCGAAACCCCAGUUUACCUCGAAAACAUCAAAAAAGACAAAAGCUUGAAAUCCGAUCGACCGAAAAAAUUCGAUGUCGCUCCGAAUCGAAAUUAUAUUUGCACGAUGUUCAUCUUUUCUUUCUGCUGCAUCACGACUGCCUUUGUUUAUUUUGGCCUUUUAUGGGGAGCAGGUAGUUUGUCAGGCAGUCUUCACUGGAACUCUGCGAUAAAUGGAAUGAUGGCGCUUGUUGGGUCCAUGAUCAUUUUUCCUGUAUUGAAAAUCGCCACUUCGAAGACAAUCCUGAGUUACAGUUAUUUUCUUAUCUGCUUCGUUAUGGGCCUAGCUUGGGUGUUUCCUUCAACGAAAAUUCUUUCAAUAUCAAGUUUUAUCGGAAUAUUUGCGGUGGUUUUGACAUUCUAUGCGUAUUUUGACAUUGCGAAAACAUUCCCCGUCAGCUGUAGAUCGACAACUUCCGGCUUUUGUACUGUAUCUGGUCGACUCUUCGUCCUCGUCGUUCCGUAUCUGUCCCUGCUCCCAAAAACCUUCAGAAUCGGACUUCUCUGCAUUUUGCCCGGUAUUUGUGGGUUUUUAUACCGCUUUAUUCCCGAUGUUCCUGACAAUGUCACGCUCCAAAAUGUCUCCGACGCCAAUCAAGUUUUCAAACAAUCUCAUUUGCGAAUGAGAAGACGACAAAAGAGCGAAGAUAAAGGGCUUCUUUCUGUUGAAUGA